CACCCUGCCGUGCCCAGCUCUGCCCGCGUCCGUGCCCCCGCGGGGAGCGCGCCGGGGCUGCCCCCCGAAUGACGGGCGGAAGGUUCGACUUCGACGAUGGCGGCACCUACUGCGGCGGCUGGGAGGAGGGCAAGGCGCACGGGCAUGGCAUCUGCACGGGGCCCAAGGGCCAGGGCGAGUACUCGGGCUCCUGGUCGCACGGCUUCGAGGUGGUCGGCGGCUACACCUGGCCCAGCGGCAACACCUACCAGGGCUACUGGGCGCAGGGCAAGCGCCACGGGCUGGGGGUGGAGACGAAGGGCAAGUGGAUGUACCGGGGGGAAUGGUCACAUGGUUUCAAGGGGCGCUACGGGGUCCGGCAGAGCCUGUGCACCCCCGCUCGCUACGAGGGUACCUGGAGUAACGGGCUGCAGGACGGGUACGGCGUGGAGACCUACGGGGACGGAGGUACCUACCAGGGUCAGUGGGCCGGCGGCAUGCGGCACGGCUACGGCGUGCGCCAGAGCGUGCCCUACGGCAUGGCCACGGUGAUCCGCUCCCCGCUGCGCACCUCGCUGGCCUCGCUGCGCAGCGAGCAGAGCAACGGCAGCGUGCUCCACGACGCUGCGGCCGCCGCCGAUAGCCCGGCCGGCACCCGUGGUGGCUUUGUGCUCAACUUCCACGCAGACUCCGAGCUCUCGGCCGGGAAGAAAAAGGGCAGUCUGUUCCGAAGAGGCUCCCUUCUUGGGAGCAUGAAACUCCGCAAGUCAGAAUCCAAGUCUUCCAUCUCCAGCAAGCGCAGUUCGGUCCGCAGCGACGCGGCCAUGAGCAGAAUCAGUUCCAGCGAUGCCAACUCCACGAUUAGUUUCGGCGACGUCGAUUGUGAUUUUUGCUCCGUGGAAGACCACGUUGACGCCACCACCACGGAAACAUACAUGGGCGAGUGGAAGAAUGACAAGCGCAGUGGUUUCGGCAUCAGCGAGCGCUCCAAUGGCAUGAAGUACGAAGGCGAAUGGGCAAAUAACAAGAGGCAUGGAUAUGGCUGUACCGUGUUUCCUGAUGGCUCCAAAGAAGAGGGAAAAUACAAAAAUAAUGUUCUGGUCCGUGGAAUAAGGAAGCAGCUCAUACCAAUAAGAAACACGAAAACUAGGGAGAAAGUGGACAGAGCAAUUGAAGCUGCACAAAGGGCGGCGGCCAUGGCGAGAACCAAAGUGGAAAUAGCCAAUUCAAGGACUGCGCACGCAAGGGCUAAAGCUGAUGCCGCCGACCAGGCUGCGCUGGCCGCCCGCCAGGAGAGCGAUAUCGCCAGAGCCGUGGCCAGGGAGCUGUCGCCUGAUUUCUACCAACCAGGCCCUGAUUACAUCAAACAGAGAUUUCAGGAAGGUGUAGAUGCUAAAGAAAAUCCAGAAGAAAAGGUACCGGAAAAGCCACCUUCACCAAAGGAAUCUCCUCAUUUUUAUCGCAAAGGCACGACACCCCCAGAGUCUCCUGAGCCAAGUCCCAAACUAGGCUACUCUCCCCAGCCUCCCUCCCCAAAGCCCAUGAAGAAGCAAAACCCCAGCUCAGGGGCAAGACUCAGUCAAGACAAAAAGAGUGUGGCUGAUGAGCAGGUGACGGCCAUUGUCAAUAAGCCCUUGAUGUCAAAGGCGCCCACCAAGGAGAUGGGGGCAGUCGUGCCCCAGUCCAAGUACUCUGGCCGCCACCACGUCCCCAACCCCAGCAAUGGGGAGCUACAUGCUCAGUAUCACGGCUACUACGUGAAGCUGAACGCACCCCAGCACACUCCAGAAGAUGUGGAGGAAGGUGAGGAAUCGAGCCAGUCCUCAGCACUGGUGCACAGGCCACCACCCAACAAGUGGAGUCCCCAUAAAUCUGUGACAAAACCAGUUGCCAAAGAAAGCAAAGCUGAGCCAAAAGCUAAGAAGUCCGAACUCGCGAUACCAAAGAAUCCAGCAAGCAAUGAUUCGUGCCCUUCUUUGGAAAAAGAAGCCAAUUCAGGCCCUAAUUCGGUCAUGAUUGUCCUGGUCAUGCUGUUGAAUAUUGGGUUAGCCAUUCUUUUUGUUCACUUUCUAACUUGAUUGGAAUUAGGAAAGUGAAGUCCUGACAACUAGUGAUGUUAGCCCACAGUUCUCUUCAGUGUUGUCAUCCGCCCUUUAGGUGACACACCUCAGUCAGACUCAGACCCAGGGAAGGAGGCUUGGAAUUAGGAUGGGAUCGCGAGAGAGAUGGAACUUGGAAAAUUCAGCCAGAGGACCUGUUCAGUCCCCCUGGGAGUGUUUGUGGCUUUGGGGUCCUCUGAGGGCUGAAGCA